CCUUCGAAAUUAUGUUUACAUAUGAACAUUCAACGCAAUAUCAGUCCUGGUAUCAACCACAAAUUACUAACUAUAAUGAACUUUCCGAAGCGCCACCUGGAGUAGAUAUAUAUUUCUCCUCAACACCUAUCGAUAAAUCAACUGCUGAACAAAAAUGGUUUAAGGCAUGGCUCAGGACGCGUAAUAUCACCAACGAAGAACCAAGACAAUCUGCUCUUAACGCUACGAAUCUGCGCAACAAAAUACUUGAGACGAAAGAUGAAUUGCAAAAGCUUAAAGCAAUACUUAUGGAAUUGAAGGGUUCGACAAAUCAAGACGAAUGGAAAUUAUUGGUCGAGAAGAUUGAAAAAUCUAAAAACGCAUUCGAAUCAAACUUAGCCUUUAUAUUCGACAAAAAAUUUGUCGAUAAAAUGAAAAUGAAGUUAUCAAAGAGCAGACGUCAUAAGAAAUGGAAUAAGAAGCAUAUCCGUGGGUUACAGGAUGUACGUGAUCAGAGGCAACUUCAAAGAGAGACGCUGCACAAAACUAUUGACAAAUGGAGAACUGAGUGGAUUGCUAAAGAAAUAGCCAUGAAGAGGGAGCAAUCAAGGAAGGAAGAAGCCGAAAAAAGAGUUCAGAAAGCUGAAGCGAAUAAAAGCAAACACAGAGAACUUUCGAGGCUUCUCGAAAAAGUAAAAAAACUAAGAGACCUUCGUAGAGAGCGUUUAAAACGGGAAGGUCAUUUCUUCCCUGAGGAGGACGAUGAAUUCUUUAACAAAAUUGCGUCAUUGAAUGAUGCUAUGAAAAUUGAGGAGGAGAGGCUUGAUCAAGAGAGAAAUGCAGCCGCAGAACACAAAAGGAAUGAGGCAAUGGACGCAGGAAUGAAAGAACGUGCACGUGAAAGAGAUCCUAUUUAUGAAUAUUGGCAUCAGGCAGAGUUCGAUAUCGACAAUUUAGUCUUAAUAAGAAAACGAUGGGAUUCUUAUUUGGUUGCGCCUGGUACGGCAGCAGCAUCGUGCAUACCGUCAACACUCGUAGAGCCUUCACCACCCGCCAACCACAUUUGGGCAUCAUGUCUUACGCAUGAUCAUAAUAAUGUUUGA